CCAUUUUACUCAUCUUGCAUUGCAGUUCUUUCAACGCUGAGCGAUAUUUUUGGGCUAUAUUUAUCUAUUUAAGCGGAUGUGAAAGACCACGUUCCUUUCGAUUGUGGUAGUUGACAAGUUUCUUUCCAAUUGUAGAAGCAAGAGUCCAGAAACAUGUCCUCAGGUGGAACAUUACAGAAAGCCAUUGACAUCGUAACCAAGGCAACAGAGGAAGACAAAAACGGCAACUACGAGGAAGCUCUGAAGCUGUACACACAUGGAGUAGAGUACUUCAUUCAUGCCAAUAAGUAUGAGGCUCAUGGAGAUAAAGCCAAACAGAGCAUCCGAGACAAGUGUACCCAAUAUCUAGAACGAGCCGAGCAACUCAAGAAUUACAUCGAGAAGAAGAAGGACAGGAAGAAGCCCGUCAAGUCCAAGGAAGGAGGCAGCUCGUCCAAGAAAGGAAAAGGCAAUAACAGCGACAGUGACAGCGAUGAUAAUCCUGAAACCAAGAAGAUGCAUGCCCAACUGCAAAGUGCAAUUGUAAUGGAGAAACCCAACAUUAUGUGGAAUGAUGUUGCAGGUCUUGAAGGAGCAAAAGACGCCCUGAAGGAAGCCGUCAUUCUACCCAUCAAGUUUCCUCAUCUCUUCACCGGCAAACGACAGGCGUGGAGGGGAAUUCUACUCUACGGGCCCCCAGGUACAGGCAAAUCCUACCUAGCCAAAGCAGUAGCAACAGAGGCCAACAACUCAACCUUCUUGUCUGUCUCUUCCUCGGAUCUUGUCUCUAAGUGGCUCGGCGAGAGUGAAAAGUUAGUGAAGACCCUUUUCUCCCUAGCGAGAGAAAACAGGCCCUCCAUCAUCUUCAUUGAUGAGGUGGACUCACUCUGCGGCUCAAGAAGUGAGAACGAGAGCGAGUCAGCCAGACGAAUCAAGACCGAGUUCCUGGUCAACAUGCAAGGUGUGGGUGUUGAUAACGACCAGGUCUUAGUGCUAGGAGCAACCAACAUCCCAUGGACCUUAGAUGCUGCUAUCAGAAGAAGAUUUGAGAGGAGGAUCUACAUUCCGCUGCCCGAGGAGCAGGCACGUACCACCAUGUUCAAGCUGCACAUGGGUAAGACGCCUUGUGAUCUAACCGAAGCUGACUACAAGUACCUAGGGGAGCUGAGUUCGGGAUACUCAGGGGCUGACAUCAGCAUUGUCGUCAGGAAUGCACUCAUGGAACCUGUGCGUAAAGUCCAGACCGCUACUCAUUUCAUGAAGAUAUCUGGUCCUUCCCCUGUGGACCCCAGUGUCAUAGUUCAUGACCUGUUGACCCCAUGCUCCCCGGGUCACCCCCAGGCCUUCGAGAUGACCUGGCUGAAUGUCCCUGGCGAAAAGCUAGCCGAGCCAAAGAUCACAGUGAAAGACCUGCAGAAGUCGCUAGAUCACAUCAAGCCAUCCGUCAACGUAGAUGACCUGGGCAAAUACGUCAAAUUCACUGAGGAUUUCGGCCAGGAAGGUUGACCCAAGAAGUUAACAGCAUUGAUCAAAACUGUUGGAUGUCACAGUAACGGGAGCAACGAGAGGUUUGUGUAAAUAUGUACAUGUUGGACAGUACAGACAUAAAGAAAACAAGAAAAAAGUGAACUGAACGAAGAGAAGUAUUGGAAGAUUCGAUGUUCCAAAACUUUUCUCUUUGUUGGUAACUUUUAUUAUCUUGAAAGACCCACCAUGUCCUUAAUGAUUGUGUCAAAUAAUAUGUCAUUUUGGUACAUCAGUGGUACAAUUAUAGAUGCACGGCAGAUGUUUUAUGGCAAGCAAAAUGUCGUGCCUGGUUAUAUUAUGAAAUAUUUUUUCUAAAUUUGCAAAAUUCGACCACCUUUCAAAAAACUUCAUGGCGCCUCAGAACUUUCUUCAAUUACAAACCUCAAAUGACACGUUGCUUACUAUGCAUUCACCAUGCAGCAAUUCCCUUAAAUUGUGAAGCUUUUCUUGCUCAAAUUGUGAUUUUUUUUUGCAGCAGGUUUGCCAAUAACACAAAAUGAAUCAACUUUUUUGGACCAAGGUGGUGCCGUUUUCAAAAAAUCUUUUUUACCACAAAUGUGCUCUUUUUCGCGGAACCCUUAUAUUUAAGUAUCAGAUGAAAAGAAAUUAGACGCAGUUAUUUAUUUCUAACAACACACUUCCUGACAAAGCCUUUUUUGUUAUAUUUGUAGAAUGGAACAGUAGUAAAUAAUACUUAGAUUAGCUCUAAAAGCAGUUAAAAAAAAAAAAUGGGAAUUUAUCGAGAACAAAAUGAGGAAGUGUUUUCAGAACAGGAUUUCAAUUGUGUUGAUGUGCCUCUGGGUUUCUGCAAGGGCUAUACAGUUUGUGUAUAAAUAGGAGGGGGGGGGGCAGGGGGCUUACUUCUUGUACACUAUUCUUUCCGCAAACUCACCCUCACUUACUUCGAAGCUACAUUUCUAAGUGUACAGUUUAUGAAAUAUUGCUUUUACCUUAAUAUCAUGGUAAAAUUUGCUGGGUAUUAAAGCUGCGUUUCACGUGAUUCUGCAGCAGACCUUUAAUUUGUGAUUUUCCCAAAAUCAUGAAAUGUGAUCAAGUAGUUGUGCUUUAAUUUUUAUUUAUAACAAAAUAAUGGUCGCACAAAAUGGGUUUUUUUUAAUACUUUUUGUUUUGUUUACACAGAUUUUUGUUUGACAAAAUAUACCUUCACAUAGAUUGAGGUACUUUGGCAGUUAUUUAUCCAUUCCGGCUGGUCUUAAGGCAGUUACCUGAUGUUGUGGGUUGAAAUUGUUGAGACAAUUUCAUGUUCUAAACAACUAACUCGUAGACUUUUGUAGGAAUGCGUUUUAUUCUUUAUUGAAUUACUUGAUCCAUAACUGAAGUUUACAGACUUGCAUUCACAAUCCUAAUUGAAAAUCUUAGCUACACUAAAACAGUACUUCAGAAUUCUAGUUAUCGGCCGUGUUCUACGAAACUGAAACUAAAAAAAAUAUAUCUAAUGCUAGCCAGCAAUUUUUUUUUUAAAGAAUUCUGGCCCAGAAAACUGUUCAUUUAAUAUCUAGGCUUUUUCCCAGAGAGCCAUGAAGCAAGAUAAUACUUAAGCAACUAUCAUAUAAUGAUAAAAAAUGAGGCAAACCAUAUUUAGUAUAUUAUUAUAACCAAAUAAAAUUCGUAGAUUUGUUCAUUUACUGAGAUAUUUUCUUCAACGUAAUUUGUACCAUACAAUUUAAAUUAAGUGCUUCAUAUCUUGUGUAAAAAAAUACAUGUCAAAUAUUAAUAAAAAUAACUUGUUCAAUAAAAACA